UUUCUUCUUCCUCUCUCUCUCUCUCUCUCUCUGCGCCCAACAGACGAGUCUUUCUUUCCUUCUCUCCUUCUUCCAAGUACUGUUUUGCCUUCAAGUUACCGUCUUUUGUUGUUCUUUGCUUCCUAAAAUCUCUGAUAAACCAUUUCCCUCGUUUACUUUUCUUAAACGCAGAUCUCAAUUCGGUUUCAGGCUCGCCCUCUGCCUCUCUCUUUCAUCUGUGUGCUUGGGCUAGUGGAGGUGAACAUUUUUGGGAUUUUCCGGAGAUCGUUUUGCGGGGAGGAGAACGUGCUGGGCUGGAAGAGAUCCUUCAGCCAAGGAAUUGGAGUCACCGCACCUAAGGCAAGAACGCGCGAUAAACUUAUUAGUAGGGUUUUCGGUGUCUAAGUUGGGGACUUUGGUAGGGUGAUUGGGGCUAGGGUUUCCUACCGAAUAGACAUUAGACGAACCCAAUGACUCGGAUUUUGGUUCAACGAGGUUCCGCCGGCAGUUCUUCUUCUAAUCCAAGCCGUUCUUCUUCCUUGCCUGGCUCCUCUUCGUCUCGUGCAGAAACACAGGUCACUAUUGCUCCUCAGGUUCUCUCGGUUGCAAAAGAUGAGGAAAGUGGUGAAGAGAUGCAGGAGCAAGCUAUUGCUGAGGAGACUGUUGCGAGCUGUGAAAGUAGUGAUAGUAAGAUGGCAAAAGGGGAUGAUUUUUUGAUGGACAGUUUUCAUAACGACAGAAAUGAGAUUUCCACUGGUGAAAUUGCUGACAGGGAGAAAUUGGGCAAGGAGGAUCGUGGGGGUUCUGGAGAUUUGGUUAAAGGUUUGGGGGGACUGAGGAUUUCAGAGAAAAUUGGAGUUGAAAAUGAAGGUCCAAGUGCAGAUUCUCCACAUAGUGGAAGUGGAAGUCCCCAUCCACCCCCACCUCCUGUUCCACCCCCAAAGCCUUCUGCUGCAAACUCCAAUUCAAGGAGGUUAGCCUUGGGAAAUUCAAACCCCGUGCGCAUUGGACCGGCAAGAAGAGCAGUUGCCUGGCCUGUUGUUUCAACCAGAACUUCUCCAUCUGGAUCACGACCUUCGUCUCCCAGGUCCCAUGGUGAAAAUGAGGGUUACAACAGUGCUGAUGAGCAGAAUCAAUGCUUUUCAUCCUCCUAUGAUGAUUUAGAACGAGAACGUCAAUUUGAAAUUGAUGUUAGGCGAACAAAAGGUCUAGAAGUGAAACGGAUGUUGGAGGAUGGGAAUUGUCUUUUCCGAGCUGUUGCAGAUCAGGUUUAUGGGGACUCUGAAGCAUAUGAUUUGAUCAGACAAAUGUGCAUAGAUUAUAUGGAGCGGGAAAGAGAUCACUUUUCACAAUUCAUAACGGAAGGAUUUACAUCAUACUGUAAAAGGAAACGAAGGGACAAGGUAACGUUGUAAUUUAUAUUCAGCAAUUAAUUC